AUGAUAUAUUCACACACAUUAGCCCUUAUUUCUGACACAGCCAUCAUGAAGACAGCAGUGAUCUUUCUGGCUCUCUUUCAUGUCUGCUCUUCUAUCCCAGUCAGUCGCCCGACCAACUGGCUGAGAGAAUGCCGUGCCUCCACCAACCUUUCCAUGACAGCACUGGAGGUGCUGCCAGGUGGAGGAUGGGACAACCUCCGCAACAUGGAUAUGGGUCGAGUAAUGAACUUCAGCUACUACCACUGCCAGACCACUGAGGACGGUGUCUACCUUAUCCCGGAUGAAGUGUUUGUCAUUCCCCACAAAGAGACGGGUGUAGAGACCAACUCAGAGAUAAUCAGUUCCUGGCAGGAGCAGAAAAGCUCUACAUCUAGCUCCAUAAAUGCAGACAUAUCCUUCCUCUCUGUGCUGAAUGGUAAAUUUUCUGUCGAGAACCAAAGGAUGAAAACCCAUCAGAUCAAAGACUCUUCAACUACAGCAAGAGUGCAGGUUCGUAACUUCAUUUAUACAGUUAAGGCUUAUCCAGACUUUACUCUGGACACACGCUUUGCUCAACAAGCCAAAGAGAUUGCUGAUGCAAUUGAAAACAACCAGACGAGGAGCGCAGACUAUCUUUCAGAGAAGAUGGUUCUGGACUAUGGAACACAUGUUAUCACUAGUGUCGAUGCUGGGGCUAGUUUGGUGCAGGAAGAUUACCUCAGUUCUACAUAUGUGUCAGACAGUGUUUCACAAAGUACCUCUGUCAAAGCUCUCGCUGGCCUCAACUUUUUUGACAAACUCAAGUUUGACAUAAGCAGUCAAAUUACCCAACAGAGCUCAGCACUUCAAACAUAUCAGUCAAACAUUCAGUACUCUCUCAUUCAAAGCCAUGGAGGCGGAAUGCCUUUCUAUCCUGGCAUCACUCUGCAGAAGUGGCAGGAAAGUACCAGAAACAACCUGGUUGCAAUUGAUCGCUCUGGAUUUCCCCUUCAGUACUUCAUUAACACCAACACCAUCCCUGAUCUGCCACAGCCAACAGUUGGAAAAGUGGCUCUCAGAGUGAGUCAAGCCAUAGAGCGAUACUACAAGGUCAACACCCGCCCUGGCUGUGUUGACUUCAACUCAAAGAACUUUAACUUCCAGGCCAACGUGGAUGAUAAUUCUUGUGAGGGUCCUGCCACAAACCUCAGUUUUGGUGGCAUCUACCAACAGUGUACUCAGCUCACCUCAGAUGCUGGUCCACUUUGUGAUGCCCUGGCUCAGAAAAACCCUGACACAGGUGACUUCUCCUGUCGUCCACCUUACUACCCAACUUUACUUAGAUCAGAAGAGAGACAGCAGGGUUACAAUUUGCACCAGUGUUAUGAGGAAAGCUAUUCCUGUGGAUUUUUGUGGUUGUCCACUUGUUACAGAUCACAGUGUCAGGACAACUACUAUGUUCGCUCUGCUCGCAUUGACACAUACUGGUGCUCUGUGAAUGGAAAGGCCCCGGACAACUCAGGGUAUCUGUUUGGAGGUAUAUACAGCCCUUCUCUCCUAAACCCCCUCACCAAAGAGAAAAGCUGCCCACCAAACUUCAUUUCAGUCAAGUUUCUCUCAGAUGGCCAAAUGAUCUGCAUAAGUAAAGACUAUGAAACUGGCACCAGAUAUGCAGUACCAUUCGGAGGUCUUUUCAGCUGUCAGUCAGGCAAUCCCCUGGCGGGAGGCCAGCGUCACUGCCCUCCCAAGUUCAGUCAGCACCUUGCUACAGUGAGUGACGGCUGUGAAAUUCUUUACUGUGUUCAGUCAGGACUGUUCACAGGUGGGCAGCUGCUGCCUAUCAUUUUGCCUCCUUUCACUAAACCUUCACUCAUUAGCAUGCGAGCCACCAACACGGUAAUGGUGAUGACUGAAGGAGAAAAGAGCUGGGUCAGGGUGGGGCAGACCAAGGCAUGGAAACUGGCCACACCAGAGGAAAUCAAGAAAAUUGUACUUCAGCUUAACCCAGAACUGAGUCAGAUGUCUGGUGGACAAAAGGCAGGAAUAGUCUUUGGGGUGGUGGGUAUGAUGGUGCUGGUGGUCAUAGGGGCAGUAGUCCUGAUGAAGAGAAGGGGCAGGCGGCCUAGGUUUGAGAGAGCUAGAGAUUAUGAGGACCUACACGGAGAGGCUGGGUAUAAUGAAAGUGAGACGUUGAUACAGCAAGAUGAGGCUUGAGAAAAAAAGGCACGGCUUAGAAGCUUGGCUUAGAAGCUUGGCACCCAGAGAAAGGUUAAUCUAGUGUGACAGAUUUUGUUUUUUGAUCCUUGUUGAUUUUUACCUCAGAUGUCACCUUCAAGUGUCACAGGAGUGGAACAUUUUCACAUUUAUGCGAAAGAUCGGUAACAUUUAUUGGUAGACAUUUUUGUAUGGCAACAUGAUUUGUACUUUCAGCUUCUCUUAGCAGCAGUAAACUUUGAAUUUUACACUUGCUAACAUUAGACAGUAUAAUACUGUAUUAAACACACGUGACUCCAGAGCUAUCUGCCUUUGAGAUCAUAAAAUGGCACAUUGAAAGCAGAAGUGAUUUUCACAUAGUGAACCAAUACUGUCCACACGAAGAACCUGAAUGCUCUGUAUGACUAUGCUUGAAUGUACUAAUCAUAAAACACGUUGUUUACUUAUAUUUCAACUUAUAUAGUAAUUUCUGUAUGAAUAAAACAAAUGUUAAAUAAUGGAUUUAUUCUUGUAAUGUAAUUUUUGUACCAUGCUAUUAAAAACAGAGGAUUUCUCUAUUUUUGUCAAUUAAACUUCUUUACUGUGCACUCAACUAUUAAAGUAAUUCAAAACAG